GCCGCGGCGGGCGUUGAAAUUGGAGGACAUUUUUAUAGCUAGAGACGCGCCAUAAAGCAGGGCGCCUACUAUAGAACUGCUUGCGUGCAAGGUGAAGAACGAGCGAAAAAGUUUUAAAAAUAACAUAAACAUUACGUCAUCCGCGUGCUCACUACGUGAGCGUACAGCUCGCGUUCGCCGAACAGUUUCGACCUAAACGCGCUGGUCGCACCAGCAAUGUUAUUGUUGUGAUCUGUGUGUGUGAACGGGUAUUGUGAUUCACCGCGCCGCAGUUUUCGCGAAUCGAUGUUGUGGGUGCAAGUGUCAUGUGGAGAUUACUCAAGUUGAACUCGGUGAAACCCCGCAAGUAGCUGACGACGACGAGCCGACGAUGCCUGCUGAGCGCGCUCGCUGCGAUGACGUUCGCCCGUACUGUCAAAAACAAUCUCUUUAGUUUCGUUUGGGUGCUCGCGCUGGGCCUACGACGAUCAUGACGAACUCCUCCGUAGUUUCUGCUGCCUCUGCUACUUCCCGUGGACUUGACGUUGUUGCUGUUGUUGUUGUCGUCGCCGCGCGGAUUCUUCAGUAGUGAGUGUGUUGUUGUGACACUUGGCGUUUUGUAGCGCGCGCGACAGUUCGGUGGCGGUCUUUUUUUUUCGUUUCGGUUCUUGUGGCAGGGCCUGCUCUGUCAACGCGCGAGGGGUACACCACUUUUGAAGUGUGACGGGGGAGGUGAUAGUGUGGGGUUACGGGAAAAAAAACGAGAAGGAGGAGGAGGAAGAAGAAGCAGGACCUGGUUACGUAGACCCCUCGGCCACUACACCAAUACACGCAGGAGUUGGAGAGUUUGUGUGACGACGACGACCCGUCCCGUUCUGGCGCGUGCUGUGUAUGUGCGCGAGUGAUGCGUUGGGCGUAGUGCGCCAGAGUGAGACCAACCGAAGCGCGGCUGUGUGGUGGUGAAAAUUGUUGACGUGUGUACUUAUUGCGAGAAGAAGUAACUUUUUUUUUGGGUAGAUCGUAGUGUGUGACGGAGCAGUAUACGUAAGAGAAACGAGACCAAUAGCCGUGUAGUGGUAACGGACGCCACCACCCCCCUUCCGACGGCUGUGUGACCAGUUCCGCGGAAACCUCGCGCAUUCUCCACCACCACCCUCCUCCUCUUUCCCCCUUCCACCUCCAGUCGUUUCGAAACGGCAGGCAAAAUUUCGAAACUGGCGGGCAACUCCGGCCGAGGGCUGUGGCAGCUCAAACAGGAAGCGAUGGAGAACGCGGCGAUGGUCGAGGAGAACGGAACGGGCGGCUCGCUCGGCGACCAGAUGAACCAGUCCCAGGAUCCACACAACAACAGCAGCAGCAGUUCCGGCGGGCCACCGGGCCAUCCGGUGUCACGGGGUCCCCCCAACGGCAGCAGCUCCAGCAGUUCGACCGGGCCCAGCUCGAGUGAAUCGGCGGCGGCAGCGGCCGCGAACAUUGUACAAAUUCUACCGGCAUCGCAUACCUCGGGCAGUGUACAGGCACAAUCCGUCAUACAGCAGAACCAGCAGUCGGUGAUACAGACCGCGGCCGGCCAGAUGCCCGCGUUACCCCGAGGCGUAUUAUUAGUGUGUAACAAACCCAGCUCAGUCAUUCACACCACGCAGGGCAGUUUGCAGGCCAUCCAGAUCAAACCCGAGCCCCACAUCGGCAGCGGUGGCAGUGGCAUCAUGACCGACACCAACAGCGACGACACGAUGUCGGACGACGAGUCCUCGCCCAAGAAACGAAGAGAUUUACUAACCCGGCGACCAUCCUAUCGUAAGAUUCUGAGCGACCUCGGCGGAGCAGAAAUUGAUACCGAUGCCGCCAAUUACAAGUCGUCACCCCAGCAACUGAUGAUCUUACUUUGGCUUGCUGCGAUCAUCGCGCAGGGAACUGCCACAGCCAGCUACGAUUACGGCGAGCUUUACGAGUACGAAAUGUUUACGGCUGAGGAAAGUACCACAACGCAACCCGAUGACCUACUACCGCGAACCGAGACCAUCACCACGACGGAACAUCCGCGGGAAGAGGACGAUUCCGUGACAACCACCGAGCUGUCGAGCGGUGAAAACAGCGUCUACGACGCGUACUGCCGCGAGGAUCUGUGCCUGCAGUACGAUCAGUUUGGUCGACUGGUGCAGAAAAAGCACGUGGCCUGCGGCCAUGACGGAUCGUUUGCGGAGGAUUGCCCUACCGGACGGACACUGUUCAAGCUGGACGCCCAGAUGAGGGCGUUUCUCAUCCAUCUGCACAACGAAGCCCGGAACCAGCUUGCGAACGGAUCGCUGGAAGGGUUCGAGCCCGCUUCGCGGAUGACCAGCGUGGUCUGGAACGACGAACUGGCCAAGCUGGCCGAAUUGAACGUCAAAAGCUGCAAGUUCAAACACGACGAGUGUCGCAACACGGAAGAGUACCGACAAGCCGGUCAGAAUCUGGCCUUCGGUUACUACCCACUGGACGACAACAUCUUCGACGUGCUGGAAAAACUAACCACGCUGUGGUUCAACGAGUACAAGGACGCCAGCCAAGCCGUGAUGGACGAGUUUGAGAAUCCACCAAACGCCACCAUCGGUCACUUCACCCAGAUGAUGAGCGACCGGACGACGGAGAUUGGCUGCGCGCUCGUCAUCUACCCCCAGAAGCUGUCCGGGUUCACCUUCAAGGUGGUGCUGUACGCGUGCAACUACUCGCUGACCAACAUCUACGGCCAGCCGGUGUACCGGAAGGGAGCGGCCGCGGCGGAGCGGUGUGCCCGCGGAACGAGUCCCUACUACGACGGGCUGUGCAGCGGCGACGAGAACGAGCUCGUGCGAUCGGUGCCAUUUUAUGAGGAUAAAUAAAUGUUUGUUUUUGUAAAGUUUUCGU